UGCAAAACAUAUCCCCUGUCUCUAUUCCAGCAGUCUGACCCCCCUCAAUCAGACACUUAUUUCCUCUUGGAUAGUUUUGCAUAACCGGAGUAUCCCCUUAAUUUUCCCAUGGACAUUAAUCGUUUUUUCCAGAGGAGCUUGCUGCAAGUGGAAUCUGCCCGGAAUUUCCAUGUGGGUAUUAUGCAAAACGUAUCCCCUAUCUAUAGGACUGCAGGGAAAGGGGGUCCGACUGCUGGAAGUCUGCUCUAUAUUAGCCUAGCCUUGCAUCUACUCCAAUGGUAAAGUUCCCCAAAAUGCUACUGCAAAACUACAGACAGCACCCAUCAUGCUCUGACAGGGGCAAGGCUGGUCCUCAAGAUCACAAAGUGGGCCUGCUGGAGAGCACAACUCCACCAAUAUCUAUGGUAGAAAGGGUUAAUGGACUAUAAGAAUGAUCUCCGACAGCCCAUGUCCUCAGGUAACGCAGCAAUUAAAAUUAGAAAACAAAGAUGACUUUUUUUGGGGUGGGAAAGAAGACGGUCUGGUGAACCCAAUAAUCCGGGAUCUUCCACCUGAGCCUCCACGUGAGGAGGAAAUACCUGUCCGGCCGAAAAUUAGGACAGCAGCAGGAAAGAUCCUGUCUAAAGAUUUCAGUCACAUUGAGAUGAAGCUAGUCCACCUCGAUCUGAAGGGAGCUCCUCCGAAAGUGUCCUACUAUGAGCAGGUAUUUCCUCUUUUCUCCAAGCUGGGGGCCAAUGGAUUGCUCAUUGAAUAUGAAGAUAUGUUUCCAUUUACUGGAGAGCUGGAAAUCCUGAAGUCUCCAUAUGCGUACAGUGAGGAUGACCUUAAGAAGAUUCUGCACCUUGCAGAGAUUAACAACCUAGAAGUGAUACCUCUUGUACAGACAUUUGGACACAUGGAGUACGUCCUGAAGCAUGACAAGCACAGAGGUCUGAGAGAGGUGGAGCGUUACCCCAACAGCUUGAACCCUCACAAUGCAGAAACCUUACCACUGGUCAAAAUGAUCUUAACUCAAGUUCUUGAAAAACAUCCCAUGAGCAGUUGGGUCCAUAUUGGAUCUGAUGAGGUUUACCACCUAGGAGAAGGGCAGGAUUCCAAGUCCUGGCUGAACGGCAACAAAGGAGACCUGGGCAAGAUGUUCCUCAAUCACUUGAAGAGCGUGGUGGACUUCCUCCACAACCAGUUUCCUGAGAAGAACCAGCUCAUGUGGGAUGAUAUGCUGAGAAAGCUGAGCGUACAGAUCAUAAAGGCCUCCGGGAUCCCUAAGUAUGUGUCUCCAGUUCUCUGGCUGUACCAUGGCAAUUUUGAUAUGGCACAAAUAGAUUCAUAUAUUUCUAAAUAUGAGAAAAGUGGAUUUAAAAACAUUUGGUUUGCAAGUGCCUUCAAAGGGGCAUCGGGCCCGGCCCAGAUGUGGACUCCAACCAACCUGCACAUGAAGAACCACCAGGAAUGGAAGAAAGUCAUCGACAGGAUGAGAAAGUUCCCUAAGAUCCACUACAGCGGCAUAGCACUAACUGGGUGGCAGAGGUACGAUCAUUACUCAGCGCUCUGCGAGCUGCUGCCGGUAGGCAUCCCCUCCCUGGCCGUGUGUCUGAAGACUCUCAAGCACGGGCAGUUCACACCAGAGGCUGAAAAAGACACCGCUAACAUCCUGGGAUUCAGCAGCAUCAACGCGGAAAAAAACAUUUGUGAAGGGAACGGAGCAUUUCCAGGGUCCGAAAUUUACACGAUGGUGAAGAAGAUCCACAGUGAACUGAAGAGUAAGGUUCGCCAAGUCACAGAGGGAGACAGUGAAAUCAAUGGCUGGUUCUCACGCUACAACAGGGCAUACCGAUUUGGCAAUCCGCAUAAAAUGGAAACAUUCAGUGCAAAAAUCUUAAAAACCAACGAAGAAUGGGAGUCUCAUAUCCAGGCCCUGCGCACCCAGCUCGACUCCAUCUAUUUCCCGGACACGGUGGAGGAGUGGAUGGAGGAGAAUGUGAACCUAUACAUGGACCCUCUAAGAGAGAUGGCAAAAGAUUUCCAGGAGAUCCUGCAGCUCAAUGCGCAACCAAAGGUCAUAGUGAAGCAGUGAAGAAAAAAAAAACGGUGUAACAUGUGAUUGGAUUUUGCUUGAAAUACGAACCAGGGAAGGGUUAAAAUUCUGAAGAAUUACCAGACCACCCAAUCCAUAGCCAUUCAUGGGAUAUAGGGGUCUGGGAAUGGCCUUUUUACUUAUAUACAGUAAAUCUGUGUAUAGGGAAAGAGUCCCUGGUGCGCUGGUAGGCAAAAUAUCAUACAGUAUAUCGUGGGAAGAUACUGGCCCAUCUCUACUAAUCCCCACCAUGAUGGGUUGUAUUUAAUGCUCGGCAUUGCAAAGCACCAUGGGAGCGUCUACCUGCCAUAUGCACAUAGGGAGGUUGCCAGGUUGUACUGGAUCAAUGUGAAGGCCAUAUGGCCUCCCUCUGCAUGAAACCACACCCACUUCGCCAUAAGCCCAGCAAGCGUUGCGGAAAAGCGCAAGAAUUUGCGCAAACCUAUGCGCAGAUUUGAUAAAUAACCCCCUAAGUGCAUUUUUGGUCAAAGAAAAGAGGUGAGCGAAUCGAUUUGCCAAUACAAAAAGUAAUACAACUUUGCAAAUAAAAAGAAAAACAAUAUAUAUUUUUGUGUUUACAGCUCCAAUGCAGUACUCUGUGUCUCCAUGGUUACAGACUACAAACAAAUCUUGUGUAGUCUGAUUCUGCAGUUGUACUUUUAUCUCUUGGUAACAUACAUUUGUACAACUGCUAUAUCACACACCAUAGCAUAUGUUACUAACCUGUGACUAUGACACACAGGUGUGCAUAGGAGCUGUGUACACAAAACGGUAGGUAGGAAUCAAGACUAUGUGCAAAGUCACUUCAUUUAUACCGUAGAUAGAUUGGAACAACGAAUAAAGUUUGGUCGCAAAGGGGCUUAUAUUCUUUAUCUCAGUGUUUCUCAACCAGGGUGUCUCCAGC